AUGACGCUCUGCGGCAUCCUUAGAUCUAGGAUUUCUUUGCUUGCUACCGACACCGAUGAGAGAGUGUGUGGCGAAGAGGUUAAGGUGGCGGUUGAGGGGGAGGGUAAGGCGGUGAUACUGAGCGGCGAUGAGAUCAAUGUUAGGAUUGGAGUCGCUGAGAACGUUGAGAUAGAGAAGAGGGAGAUGAUGGUUGUAGUAGGGGAGAGAAUGAAAAACGAUUCCCAAGGAAUGAGCAAACGUUCUUAUGUUGAAGCUGUAUUGGAAGGGAUAAGAUCUGUCAGCUCGGUUGAUGUGGCUUUGAUUCCUUAUACUGAGGAUCCUAGAAAUCUUUUAGAAUCUCUGCACGCAGCUACAAAUGAUAAAUGUGAUGGAAAUAGUAGGAAGAAAAUCUUUGUUAGGCUUCUCUUGAGUGCUGAUCGUAGGGAGACAACAGAAGCAACUAUGGAAACUGUGAAACUGGCACUGGAAAUGAGGCAUUUGGGGGUGGUUGGAAUUGACCUAUCUGGGAAUCUAAAGGUUGGCGAAUGGUUCCUAAUUCAAAGGAGAUACAAGACAUGCUCGAUUUUGUUCCCCAUAAUCGGACAUGCUUGUUUCUUUGAGGAGGAACACUGGAGAAAGUUGAAGUCUACUAACAUUUCCGGUUAG